AUGUGGCUGCUGACGGCGGGAGGAAGCGGCUGGGUGAGCUGUUCUGCGCGGGCCCUGCGCGGGCACUGCUCCUCCAGCCGCGGGGAGGACCGGUCCUCCACCGCACCUGCACCUCGGGGGGCUGCGGGGGCUCUCCAGCCCCUCAGGGAACAGGGGCAGCUGUUUUUCCCAGCAACUCCUGCUUCAGCGUGGCCUUGUCACCGUGCCACGGCCCCUCCUCUGCUCCAGGCCUCUCUUUCCGCGCUUGCUGCCCGGGAUCUGGCACGGCCGCGGCUCCCGGAGCAGCUCCGGCUGCAGGUGCCACAGCGCAGCACCGCGCCUGGAGGACGGGAACCCCUGGACCUCCCUGGGGGUUGGGGCACCCCGCUUAGCAGCACCCACCCUCCACCCAGCCGCGCGCCCCGUCACACCACGUCCCUGCAGGACGCCAGCGCCGAGACCGCGGUGGCACCGCCACGAUGUCGGCGCUGGGGGGGCCGGGGCGAGCUGGGGCCACCGAGCCCCCAGAGCCAGGCGGCAGCUCUGCUGGGCUCGGGGCAGCCCUCACCCCCGCCUUAUCCGCACACACACCAGCGCCUCAGCGCCCUGCGGACACCCAGCAAAGCCCUGGCCAGUGCGACCAAGAGGGCAGAAGGGGGUGGCACCAUCCGCCCCGCCCCGCGCCGCCUCUCCCGCCCGCCCGGCCGCAGCAGCCCCGGGCACCGCCGCCUUCCCCGCCUCCCCGGGCGGCUGCAGAGCUUCCUCCCUUCAGCUCCUCCUCCUCCUCCUCCUCCUCCUCCCCCCUCCAGGCGCGCUGAAGAAACGAAAGCGAGAGCAGCCAGUGCGAGGGUGACGAGCGGCGCAGGCCCCGCCACCCGCAGCCGCAUGCCCGCCACCCCCGAGGCCUCGCUGCCAGCCCCCGCGGCUGCCGGCGCCCCCGGCCCGCCCCCCCCGGCAGGAAGAGACGGACACGGAGCUGCUGCCCCCAUGGAAACGAACCACCAGGCGGGACCGUCCGUCCGUCCCCCUCCGUCCUGCCCACAGGUGCUGGAAGAUGAAUUCCAGUUCGUGCUCUGCGAGGGCUGCCAGCAGGAAUCGCCCAACCUCAAGCUCCUCACCUGCCUCCACACCUUGUGCCUCGGCUGCCUCAACGAAAACAAGCCCAUCGGCCAGUGCCCCGUGUGCUGGACCGCCAUCCCGCAGGCCAGCGGCAUCCCCGACCGGGACAACCUGCUGUUCACCAGCCUGCAGGCCAGGCUGAGCAUCUACAAGAAGAUCAUCAGCAGCGGUGACUUGAGCUGCAGCCGGUGCCGGAAGGAGGUGGCGGCGGUCUGGUGCUCCGAGUGCGAGGAGUUUCUCUGCCUCACCUGCUUCGAGGCCCACCAGUGGUUCUUCAAGAAGAGGAGCCAUGAGGCCAGGAAGGUGGAGGACCUGAGGGCAGAAUCGGCCCACCAGUUCCUGGAAGGCACAAGGAAAUCCUGCAACCUCUUUUGCUCCAGUCCUGGCCACACCAACCAGGGCCACGUCACCAGCAUCUACUGCCGGAGGUGCGAGAAGCCCCUGUGCUGCUCCUGCGCGCUGCUGGACAGCAAACACUCCCAGUUCUACUGCGACAUCCGGACCGAGAUCCAGCGGAGGCAGGAGGAGCUGGGCACCAUGAGCCGGGAGCUGAAGCAGAGGAAAAGUGGCUUCGAAGAUGCCUACAAGGCCCUGCGGGAUGAGGUGGCUCACCUGGAGCAGGUGAGCAGAGAGACCCGGGAGCAGAUCCAGCAGCGCGUGGAGCAGCUGGUGCGGCUGAUCCGGCAGGAGGAAGAGGAGCUGCUGGGGCUGGUGGAGACGCGGCGGGAGCAGGGCCGCCGGGAGCUGGCAGGGGAGCUGCGGCGUGUGGAGGGCGUGCUGCGGCGCAUGGAGGCCGGCGAGCGGCUGGUGGAGAAGAUGAGCCUCUAUGCCACGGAGCAGGAGGUGAUGGACAUGCAGCCCUUCAUCAAGGACUCCCUGGAGGAGCUGCGGAGGCUGCAGCCCACGGCGGCCGGGGGCCAAGUGCAGGCCACCAGGGACUUUGCCGAGUGCAGAGGCAGGCUCCAGGCGCUGGCGGAGCGAGUGAUGGGGCAGACAGGUGCUCCUAAACCCCUUAAACCAUCCCAAACUGAGGGGCUGAGGAAUGGGAAGGAGAACAGAGAUAUCCCUUACUUGCUGCAACCUUCUGGCAUGUGUUUCCCAGCUCGGCUGCCAGCAGGGCCAGGUGGUGCUUCCCAGGCUGUCCCUGUGGUUGAGGUGGCCCUUGAGAACGACUUGCAAGAGGAGCCAGAUCAGGUUGGGAGCCAAGGGAUUGUGCCCACCUUCACGAUCAGCCUUGGGGAGAUGCAGGCGAGCACGGCUUCCCCUGCCGCCACACAGCCCAAGUGGAGGUCCCGCCACAUGGAAAGGGGCAGCCAGAGCUCGCCCAAGCUGCUGAAGCUGGAGUGUGACAACGAGCCAGCCCUCAGCAAUUCCAGUUUAAACCAGUGGGAUGGCAGAGGUGGGCCCAGCACUUCCGCGCCAAGCCAAAACUGCAGCAGCAUCCCCGCCACCAAGGCCUCCAGGAACCAAGCUGAUGACACAGAAGUUACCAGCAUCAUCAUAUGCAGCUCAGAGGAUAGUGAGGAAGACACGGUGGUGUUUGGUGAGCCAUCCGGCCUCCUGUGCUCAGGGAGCAGCACUGCACACCACGGCUCUGGCUCUGCCAGCCCCUGGGGCUACGGGCCAGGGCUGAGCACCUUGGUGUUCUUCAACCUGAAGGUCGACCAGAAAACUCAGCAGAUCAUGCAGAUAGCAGCAGCCAAUGGAGACCACAGCUUCAAGACUGUGAUCCAGACGCCCGAGUCAGUGCUCCCUCUGCUCUCUCAGGGCGUCCCUUUGGAGACUGCAAUGGAGCAGCUCCUCUGGUACCUCCACUCCGUCCCCAGGCCCAUCCUCGUCAUCUAUAACUUUUGGGCACCAGAGCUGUCUGCUCUCUUUAAAGCCCUGGAUGCCACGGCCAAGAAAGUGGACUUCUGCCACACUGUGGGUGGUUACUUGGACAUGUUGCCCAUGAUCAAAGAGAAGUUUCCCAAGGCACCUUCGUACAAGCUGAAGAACCUGCUGAGAAAACAUCUUCGGCAGCAGCUGAAUGAAGGCAGUGCCCUGGCAACAGCAAAGGCGCUGCAGGGUCUGGGGGAAGCCCUGGAGCUGUUUUCCUGCCCGGAUCCAGGGCCCUUGUUCACACACUGCAACCUGCAGAGUUACACAGUCCUGCGGACUCUGAUACAGGAAAAGCUCCUCACCAAGAGAGCUGCCAAGAUCCUGGCCAGGCGCAACCUCAUCCUCUGGGAGCUGGAGCAGGCGUAGGCAGUGAGAGGGCUGCUGUGGGGGCCAGAGCUGUUGCACUGUGAUGUGGGCUGGCCAGGUCACAGGCUAACCCCAUCGCAGAUGCUCGCUCUGGCUUCCUGAAGAGCCACCAAGGAGCCGGGGACACCGAGCCUCUGCACAGAGCAGCUCAGGCAUCCCCCGCGCUGCAGUUUCCAGCAUCCUAUGCAUUAACAAGGGCUCACCGUUCCCUCAAGUUCCUGACCCCUUCCAUUCCUGGCAUGGAGGGGCAGAAGAGCGAUCAGGGCUCCAGGUCAGCUCUAAGGGGAACAAACUGAAUUAACAUCUUUAUAAAAUAAAUUAUGCGGUGCAGCCCA